CAAACUACGUUUCUGGUUAGAUUUUCUCUCGGUUUUCAGGAUCCAUAAGUCUUUCCCACAUUGGAUCCAACUCUCAUAGAAGCCCCGACAGAGAAGCUUUGAGCAUGGUUGGACGCCCACGACAUGUCCUCAUCACAGGCGGGAGUCGGGGCAUUGGACUCGCAAUUGCGCAAAUGUUCGCAAAGAAUGCAUACCGUUGCACUUUGAUCUCGCGCUCCGAGGAGGAUCUCAAAGCUGCCGUACAAACAUUACAGCCUUUAUCGUCGAAUUCAUCAGAAGAUAUAACGUCCACUACAUCAUUAUCGGCGUCAGAGCCACGUUCAAAACAAGAGAAUUUGGAACGCUUCUCGCACGGUUACAUUGCAGGAAACAUAUCCCAUGCCUCGAACUUCUGGACCACCAAUUCCUCAAAGCCCUCGCACUUUGGCACCUACCUGCCUAAGGCCCGCAUCCGACAAGAAGACCAAGUAUCUAGAAUUGAUGUCCUAGUAAACUGUGCGGGGACCAGCCAGGCGAAGCUCUUCACGGCGAUGGAGGAUGCGAGAAUUGACAGUAUCAUCAACACGAACCUAACGAGCAUGAUGAUUGGAACGAGGUUUUUGCUACGACAGGGUUACCUAAGCAAUAUCCGAAGGUCCUCCAAAGCUAAAGACGAACUCGAAGAAGGGAGCAACGUAAUAAAAGUGGAAGAGGAGACCAGCCCCGUGAUUAUCAACGUAGCAAGCCUCCUCGGUCUGCAAGGUGGGUACGGCGCCGUUGCAUACGCUGCUUCCAAGGCCGGCGUGCUCGGCUUCACGCGUGCUUUAGCCACCGAAUACGCAUCCCAUCGUGUCCGCGUGAACGCGAUUGUACCGGGGUAUGUCGAUACGGAAAUGACAAAAGAUUUGAAUCACUCGGAAUUGAAGCAGAGAAUCCCCCUAGGGCGUUUCGGCAAGCCUGAGGAAAUCGCACAAGCAGCUCUAUUUCUCGCUGAGAAUCAGUAUGCGCAUGAUUGUGUCAUGAACAUAGAUGGAGGGUUGUCUGCGGUGUAGAGUCGUGCACGAUAUUUGUGUGGCUAUACUAUGCCUAUUUCCACUCCAAGUGGGCUGACCAUUGUCGCUAUGAUCUUAUCACCCUCCCGACUUGCGAAGACCAAAGCAAAUAUGAUAGAGAGAAGAGGUCUAUAUGCUUAGGCGCCUCGAGACGUAGCCAGAUGCUGAAGAAAGGGCAAUACAGAAGAUGAAGGGUCGGAAAUGGCGGAU